AUGCGUCGUACUUUUUCGCUUUUCACAACUCUCGUUAGACUAGGUCGCGGGCCGGAGAAUGUGACGGAGGAGGCAAGCAACUCGCUCUUGGAAGCCCUGCAAAAGCACGGUUACUGCUACGUGCAGCAUCCGUUUAUACAGUGGGAGAUAUUAGAUCAAGUUCACCGCGAUAGUCGCAUCUUUUUUGAGCGUUAUUUGUUGGACCUCCCGGAGGAAAAGCAGAGAACGAGGAAAGAGAAGUUCUCCAAGAAACUAAUAGCCCCCCGUAAGCCAAUCAGGGCAAUGACCCCAUACGAAUUAGAAAGCAUUAAAACAUCCUCGGGUUUCCGGGGGUAUUACCGUUACAUUGGCGCAGGCGGCGUGGAUGAUGCGAUCGAGUGCUUUUCCGUUGGCCGCGAGGUGCAGAGCCCCGUGGAAUUACGGGAACCGUACUACAGAUUGAGCGGUUGGCAACGCGAUGAGUAUUUGCCACUGAUUAGCCGGAGAAAUGCGUGGGAUUCACUUCUAACUCACCCUAAGGAUGGUAGUGGAGACCCCAAUGGUGUGCACGCCUUCAUGGCAGAUUAUCGUGAGAUGAUACUGGCGUAUUAUGACCUUUGCAGCGAGGUCGCCCUCGAUGUGCUGCGGCAUAUAAGUUGUGGUUUGGGCGUCAGACCCAGCAUUCCACAGGGUGGUCCUGAUCCUGAUAGCGGAUACGAUCUCGAAUACUUCACACAGUUCCACAACAAACUUGACUUCGACUUACAAGCAAAGUAUUAUCCGAGGUUCGGACAAGGGGCUCGGACACGUGGUGGUGUAGAGGUUAAGGGAGUGCAGAGCGCCUCGAACCCCAAGGGUGUAAAAGUUCUACGUCGCAAGACAGCUCGAGGACAACCGUUGGUUAAUGAAGAUGAAGAAAACGCCGUGUUGCGGCUGGAUUCGCACAAGGACCUCAGUACUGUCACACUCCUCGCACAGGACGCUCUCGGUGGAUUGGAGGUUUGGGACAAUGAGUCGGAACAGUUCAAUCCGGUCCCUGUGCUGAAUGAUGCAUUGCUUGUAAACGCGGGGUUGUUCCUUGAGAAGUGGACUGGCGGGUUGUUAGAGGCGACACCGCAUCGAGUGCGGAACGUGAGAGGCGGAAGUAGUCGAUGUAGUGUUGUCUUCUUCUGCUUACCUAACCAUGACGCCCGGAUAGAGCCCCUACUGCAGCGAGAUGAAAAUCCUUCUCUUGACGCGGAAGAAGGUUUCUACGCGGGUGAUCUAAUGCCAGCAGCACCUUAA